UUAUCUAAUUUCUAGUGAGACGUUUAGUUAUGAGUGUUCAGUGUUAUGACUCAUAAACCAUCACAACAUCACAAAUAAAAUAAACUAAAAAUUAAAUUUAGUAUUUUAAUAGUGUUUAUAGUGUUUAUACACUUAAGCUGAGUGUUUACUAUUCUUAGUAUCUAAUAUUAUUUUGUGUUACUUGCAGUAGUAUUGAUUCUUAAAUUGAGCUUUUAAUCAAAUUAGUUAUAAUUUUAUUAUAAUUUAAAAGGUAUUUUCACAAAGUAAAAUGAACCGCAUAUUCGGGAAAUCAAAAGAAAAGGCGCCUCCUCCAGAUAUGUCUACUGUCAUAAAAGGAGUAGAUGAUCGCGCUGAAUCGAUAGAACAAAAAAUCAAUAGACUUGACAAAGAAUUAAAAAAACUGAAAGAUCAAAUGGCUAAGAUGAGAGAAGGUCCAGCUAAGAAUUCAUUGAAACAAAAAGCAUUAAGAGUCUUGAAGCAAAGAAAACAAUAUGAAAGUCAAGCUGAGAACUUAAGAAAUCAAUCUUUCAAUAUGGAACAAGCUACUUAUGCAGUUCAGUCAUUGAAAGAUACACAAUCAACAGUAGUUGCAAUGAAAACCGGCAUGAAACAAAUGAAAAAAGAAUUUAAAAACAUAAAUAUAGAUGAUAUUGAGGAUCUUCAAGAUGAAAUGGCUGAUAUGCUGGAUCAAUCAAAUGAAGUGCAAGAAGCAUUAGGAAGGACGUAUGGAGUACCAGAUAUUGAUGAAGAUGAAUUAAAUGCAGAACUUGAAGCAAUUGGCGAUGAAUUAGCUUUAGAUGAUGAUACAUCUUAUCUAGACCAAGUGAAUGUUCCUGACAAAGAACCUGGGCAAAAGGAAAAAGAACCUAGUAAACCAGGAGAAAUUUCUGUAGAUGAAUUUGGUUUGCCAAAAAUACCAGCACAACUUUAACUGUAAAAAUAAAAUUACAAAUUAUAUUAUUUUUUUACUUUU